AUGGCCUCAGGAUUCUUCCUCCUUGUUCUUUUGGCUCUAUCAGCUUCUCGUCCUCUUGCCUCCGACCCUGGCCAGCUCCAGGAUUUCUGCGUCGCUGACAGGACAUCCCAAGUUUUCGUGAAUGGAUUUGCAUGCAAAGACGCAAAGACUGCCUUGGUAGAAGACUUCUUCUUCUCGGGGCUUCACAUGGCCGGGAACACGAGCAACAAGCAAGGCUCUUCUGUGACCGCAGUUAACGUCGCGCAGAUUGCUGGGUUGAACACUUUGAGCAUCUCCCUUGCUCGUGUUGAUUAUGCACCCCAUGGUCAAAACCCACCGCAUAUCCACCCCCGUGCAAGUGAGAUCCUGACUGUGCUAGAAGGUUCGCUCUAUGUUGGUUUCGUGACCUCGAACCCUGAAAACGAGCUGUUCUCAAAAGUUCUGAACAAAGGGGAUGUGUUUGUCUUUCCACAAGGGUUGAUUCACUUCCAGUUCAACUAUGGAACUAGCAAGGCGAUAGCCAUUGCGGCGCUGAGUAGCAAAAACCCCGGAGUGAUCACCAUAGCAAAUACGGUGUUUGGAUCAAAUCCAUCCAUCUCAGAUGAUAUACUUACCAAAGCCUUCCAGGUGGACAAGAAGAUGGUAGACCAUAUUCAAGCUCAAUUCUAG